GUAAGGUUAAGUGCACACGUGUUUUAAUAUUAUAGUAUACAAAAAAAAACGUCUGAAAGUGUUAAACAUAAUGGCUGAACCUAAGCAUUUAUUAGAUUUAAGUGUUGAAGACUUUAACAAAUUUCUAGAUUCCUUCGACCAUGUCCUCUCCGAUUGCGAUGGUGUUAUAUGGACUCAAAAUCCUUUGCCGCGAGUCGGAGAGUUCUUCAAGCAGAUGAAGAAACGCGGGAAGACAGUGAAUUUCGUUUCCAAUAACAGCAUUCGAUCCAGAGCAAAUUAUGAAACUCAAUUCAAAGCAGCCGACAUCGACAACGGCUUUGAGAGCCUGAUCAUUCCAUCUAUCGCAGUGGCAGAGUACCUGAAAUCAGUUAAAUUCAAUAAAACUGUGUACUGUGUAACCUGUACUGAGGCUAUAAGAGUCUUAGAAGCACACGGAUUCAAAUGCAAGGAAGGUCCAGAUCUAGGGCCAGAGUACUAUGGCGAAUAUAUUCAGUAUUUAGAAGACGAUGAAGAGAUAGGAGCCGUCGUUUUUGAUAGCGACUUUAGGAUAAACUUGCCGAAAAUGUACCGAGCCAUAACCUACCUGAAAAGACCUGAGGUCCUCUUCAUAAAUGGAGCGACUGAUAGGGCGGUGCCAAUGAAACCUGGUCUUUUAGCUUUAGGGACGGGAGUUUUUGCAGACCUGGUUACGGCAGAAGUGAAACGAGAGCCCGUGCUGCUUGGGAAGCCAGGAAAAGCUUUCGGUGAAUUCGCUAUGAAGCGAGCCGGCAUCACCGAUCCUAGUCGAGUUCUUUUUAUCGGUGACAUGAUCGCCCAAGAUGUAUCUCUAGGGAAAGCAGUUGGUUUCAACACUUUAUUAGUUUUAACGAACACUACCAAAGAAGAAAUGUUGUCACACACAAUACGACCAGAUUACUAUGCGGAGUCUCUUGGUAGUAUUGUGCCUCUAAUUCAGUAAAUUAUUUAAGUUAAUAGGAAAAAAUGAUUUAACUAGUAGGACAAAUACAUUUCCCCUCUAGCUAUGAAGAAUAUGUAUUUGUGAAACUAAGCUAAAUCUCGAAAUUAAUCGUUUUGUGUACUUAUCUGCGAAUCAGACGUCACAUGUUCAUUCAUAAUAUUUCAAUUAUUUUAAUAUUUUUGAGUUGGUACUCUUUUUUUUUUAUUCCUUGGAUGGGUGGA